UGGCUGCGCACUAACAAAUGUCACAUUAGUUUUGAGCAGCCGGACAAAAACAAGUAGUCAGUAUUGCUUAAAACCUUAACUCUACUUACCACUCAGUAUUGCUCGAAUUCUCAUCUCUGCUGACCCAUUGCCCGGACGCCCCAUUCACGACUUCAGAGGGUACUAAAAGCAUUACCCUGGCAUCAUGGUCCAACUGUCGUCGCAGCUCUUAAAGCGGUACCACGGGGGUUACGUGGUCCUCCGCAUGGCUCUGGCGGGCCACAAGCAGGCCAACAGACCCUUCUACCGCAUCGUGGCGGCGUACAACAAGCGAGCGCGGGACGGCAAGUACAUCGAGCAGCUGGGCACGUACGACCCGCUGCCUAACAUGUACAACGAGAAGCUGGUCAGCUUCAACUCGGACCGCAUCAAGUACUGGAUCGGCUGCGGCGCGCACCCCACCAAGCCGGUGGCCAAACUUCUGGGUUUGGCGGGCUUUUUCCCCCUCCACCCCAUGACGGUGACGGAGGCCGAGCGUCGGCGAGCCCAAGCGGCUCAGACGGAAGUGGAAGUGAAUAAAAGUCAGGAGGCGGAAGUGUGAAAACCUGCCAUGUCACGGCGCCACACGGAGACUGUUUUUGUAUUUUCUUUGUAUAUAAUUAUGUUGGACUUGUGUGCUUGAGCCACUGAGUCAACCACAAAUGAAAAGUGAGGAAAAUUCAAGCUUCUAUUUAUAGACACAUUUACACAGCACUAGUGUAUCAGACAACAAAGUAAGUGUGCCACCAGGGUUUGAAUUUGAAAUGUAAAAUGAUCACAUUUUCAAUAGUUGUCAAUGUUAACAAUUCAACCGGCUACAAUUCGCUGUCUGAAAUUCACCAUCUGUGCCACCAGGCAGGGUUACUUCAGGUCAGAAUCCAGUUACACUUUCUUAGUAUGUGACGUCACGUGACUAAGAAAGCACAACUGCGAUUGGCUGGGUGUUCGGUUCUGACCUGAAGUAACCCUGCCUGGUGGAACGGAUGUUGAAUUUUAGACAGUGAAUUGUAGCUUAAAGUACAACUUUUGAAGGGUGGACCCUGCCUCUCGCCCAAAGAUAGCUGGCAUAGGCUCCAGGACGCCUGUGACACUUGUAAGGAUAAGCAAUACAAAAAAAUCCAUCGUGAAAAUUGCUUUAUAUAUAUAUAAAAACAGCUUUAAUCUCAAUCUUACAACUAAUCUAAAAAUUCUAUAUUGUAAAGCAAUGAUAGUAUUCUCGCACGAUGACAACUUUAAGCUUGAAAAAGUGAAUUUUUUUUUUUUACUUGAUCUUAAAGAUAUAAGUAAGAUGGCAGAAAAUAGUGGGUUUGGUGAUCAAGAAUUUAAUGACUUCAUUGCCAGAGUGAAAAAAAAAAAAAAAAUGAAUGCCUGCUAGUUUUGAUUAGCAUUGAUCCUGACCUG